AUGACAUUUGAGGCUUCCGAGAUGACAUUUGAGGCUUCCGAGAUAACAAAUUCUACAGACUCUAGUCUCGCUUUGAUGACAAAAACAGAAUUCUUCAAACCCUCAUCAGCUCCUCUUGUACAAAGUGGCUCUGGCAGUGAUGUUGUGUACACACCAUCUGAUCCUGGUGGACUAGGCCACUCAAGGUCAUGGUUUUCAUAUGAAGAACUAAUCAAGGCUACAAAUGGUUUCUCAAGUCAAAGUCUUUUGGGUGAGGGUGGAUUUGGUUGUGUGUAUAAAGGACUUCUUCCAGAUGGAAGAGAGAUAGCAGUCAAACAACUGAAGAUUGGUGGAGGUCAGGGCGAGAGAGAAUUCAAAGCUGAGGUGGAAAUUAUCAGUCGUAUACAUCAUCGCCAUUUGGUUUCUUUAGUGGGAUACUGCAUUGAAGAUAACAGAAGAUUACUUGUCUAUGACUAUGUUCCUAACAAUACCCUUUAUUUUCAUCUACAUGGGGAAGGCCAGCCUGUGCUAGAAUGGGCAAACCGUGUUAAAAUUGCAGCUGGUGCAGCCCGAGGACUAGCUUAUCUCCAUGAAGACUGCAACCCUCGGAUCAUUCACAGGGAUAUCAAGUCGUCAAACAUUCUUUUAGAUUUCAAUUGUGAAGCAAAGGUCUCAGAUUUUGGGCUAGCCAAAUUAGCUCUGGAUGCAAAUACGCAUAUUACCACACGAGUCAUGGGAACUUUUGGGUAUGUUGCCCCCGAAUAUGCUUCAAGUGGCAAAUUGACUGAGAAGUCUGAUGUAUAUUCUUUUGGAGUCGUGCUUUUGGAGCUAAUUACUGGGCGAAAACCAGUGGAUGUAUCCCAACCCUUGGGAGAUGAAAGCUUGGUUGAAUGGGCUCGGCCUUUACUGAGUCAUGCAAUCGAUAGUGAGGAAUUGACUAGUUUGGCAGAUCCAAGGCUAGAAAAGAAUUAUGUUGAGAGUGAAUUGUAUUGCAUGAUUGAGGUUGCUGCUGCUUGUGUGCGGCAUUCAGCUUCAAAGAGACCUCGCAUGGGACAGGUUGUUAGAGCUUUUGAUAGCUUAGGAGGUACUGAUCUAACCAAUGGAAUGAGACUUGGGGAAAGCGAAGUGUUUGACUCUGCACAGCAAUCUGAAGAAAUAAGAUUAUUUCGUGCAUUGUUGUUGCUUUUGAUUGUGGAAUUGACUUCAUCGGGUUCACAUCCUCAUUCUGGUGCCUGA